AUGGUGGAACAUAACCAGAGCUUGAAGGACGGUUCUUCUAUGGAGCUUGGAAAACAGGCCCAGAUCAAUAACCAUAAUGCAGUAUGGGCCAAGGAGAUCAAGAUCAAGUUGGGAAUUCUUCUCCAGAAGCCAGACUCUGCUGUUGACCUUGUCAUUCCAUAUAAUGAGAAGCCGGAGAAGCCAGCCAAGUCUCACAAGCCCUCGCUGGAUGAGGCCCUGCAGUGGCGCCAUUCCCUGGACAAACUUCUCCACAACAACUAUGGGCGUGCCACCUUCAAAAGCUUCCUGAAGUCUGAAUUCAGUGAGGAAAACCUUGAGUUCUGGGUUGCCUGUGAGGAUUACAAGAAGAUCAAGUCCCCAGUCAAAAUGGCGGAGAAGGCAAAGCAAAUUUAUGAAGAAUUCAUCCAGACUGAGGCUCCUAAAGAGGUGAACAUCGAUCAUUUCACUAAAGGCAUCACCAUGAAGAACCUGGUGGACCCUUCCCCGAGAAGUUUUGACCUAGCCCAGAAAAGAAUCCAUGCCCUGAUGGAGAAGGAUUCGCUGCCCCGCUUUGUGCGCUCUGAGUUUUAUAAGGAGUUAAUCAAGUAGUAAUCUGAUCCGGCUUCAAACCAUCAACCUUCAGUUGAGUUACACCCUCUAUAGGAACACAGCAUCCCCCUAGUACCUCACAUUUCCUCACAGAAGCUUUGCUCCAAGAUACCCAAAGGCGACCCUAGACUGUGUUGCUGACUCUUUUGCUCGUGUUGACUUGGGUGUGGCUCUAUUGUCCAUUUAGGGCCUUCACUCCCAUUUCUUAUUUCUGACUGCUUUGUAAUGAAGGUCUGUCUACCAAGUUUCUGCCCACCUGAGUCACAGGAAAAAAAUCCUGUUUAACAUAAAAACAGUCUGGGAAAAGAAUAGGUGAUAGAUUGUUCUUUAACUGGGAUGA